GAAAAUAUACUGUAGCUCUAUACUGCCAUCGCUCAGUGUGCUGUAAUGCCUUUAGUGUAAGAAGGCUUUCUGUCUUAGUGGGUUUGUUGGUGGGCAUUAAGCCGUCCGAAGGAUUAUCAUCCCUCUGUCAUGCUGAACCGACCGGCUGUCCUUCGGAAAUGUGUUAACAUUAACAUUUCCUCUUUUCCGUGCGGACGACCAGCGGGAAAACAAAGCGCUCUUCUUCCUCAACCGUUUCCGUCGUCAUGGAGACCCUCUCCGUGUACGGAAAUAGUGCUACUGCUGAAGCUAGCAACUUUGUGAAAAAUUAAAUUAUCUAUUCAGUUGGCUUUGCGUUUGCGGCUAUCUUUUGCUCUUUGCGUGGUCUGGACUAUAUCUGGGCAGGUGGAGUGAAGUAAAGGAAAAAGGGAAAGAAGAGGAAGAGAAGGAAAUGACACUUUGUCUGUAUGAGUGUCUGAGAGCGUUCGGGCUACAGCAUCACUAUGCCAGGUUUACCUCAGUGGGUGUUUGUCGUACAGCCCACAUCUCAGUGCUCACCAUGGAGGACUACCCCCUGCUGGGGAUCCACACAAUGGAGGACAGGACUCGGUUAUUUCAACUUGUCCAAUUUGUCAAAACUCUUGAUCUGGAGGGCCUUGGAUAUGAUGAUGAUGAUGAUGAUUAUGACUAUAGCCAUGGUGGACGCUUCAAAGGCAGCACUAUAGUGGAUAGCAGCUUUUGUCAUGAUAGUGACUGCACUUUUGAUGAUGAGGAUGGUAAUGGAGCUGCUGUCAAUAAUAUAAUUGCCAGCACUUUUGCCAGACCAUCACAUGUUCGCAGGCGACUUGAUUUCAGUAACGAAACCAGUGAUCAUCAUCAGCGGUUGUCUCAUCCUGUUGUUCAGGUUAACAUGAGUCAUGCCAGAUAUGAGGAGUCCAUUCGGAGAAAAGGAUCUGCUACCUCUGUUCAGCAUCAAUAUAAACCAAAACCCAAGCCUCCAACUGUGACAUCAAACACAUUUAAUCACAAACCUUUGGGACACAAAGACAGAAAAAGAACCACAAGGAAGCAAAAUUUUUAUACAAAAAUGGGCGCUGAUGGAUGCAUGUGUAAGCCAGCACCUGUUUAUGAAGCAAAGAGAACAGCUGGGUAUAACUAUGGACUACCAAUGAGUACUGCUCCUGCUCAGUGCAAACAAGCCAGGCAAGCAGAAGAGCAGCGGAUUAAGGUGUGUGUAAGGAAAAGACCGCUGACGUGCGCUGAGAGCCGACGAGGAGAGGCAGAUGUUGUGACAACUACAGGUGGAGAGUGUGUGAUUGUCCAUGAAGUCAAGGAAGCGGUGGAUCUCUCACAGUACAUACUGCAGCACAAGUUCUACUUUGACCAAGUUUUUGGGGAGGAAAGCUCCAACAAAGAGGUGUAUCAACAAACAGCAUAUCCUCUCGUGCAGCACAUGCUCAAAGGAGGCAAAGUCACCUGCUUUGCAUACGGCCAAACAGGUGCAGGGAAGACUCACACCAUGCUGGGUUCACCUGCCAUUCCAGGCCUGUAUGCUCUGGCAGUUCAGGACAUCUUUGCUCACCUGUCAGCCACACACUCAUACCAGCUGGUGUUUGUCAGCUUCUUCGAGAUCUACUGUGGUCAGCUGUAUGACCUGCUGGACCACAGAAAAAGGUUAUUUGCUAGGGAGGAUGGACAGAGAGUGGUCCACAUUUCAGGGCUGCGAGAUGUCAGAGUGGACUCAGUCAGCUCUCUACUAGAGGUGAUUUCUCGGGGUACAGCCGAGCGGACACAGGGGAUGAGUGGCGUGAAUCCACUCUCUUCUCGAUCCCACGCCUUGCUUCAGAUUCAGCUUAGAGAUUCAAACCAGCAGAUAGCUGGCAGAAUGUGGUUUGUGGAUCUGGCAGGAAGCGAAAGAGCAUCAGAUACCAAAGAACCUGACAGGCAGAGCCGCAUGGAGGGAGCUGAGAUCAACCAGAGUCUGUUGGCUCUUAAAGAAUGUAUCCGGUCACUUGAUCAAGAACAAUCGCACACACCUUUUAGGCAGAGCAAACUGACUCAGGUUUUGAAAGAUUCAUUUGUCGGUGACUCAAUGACAUGCAUGAUUGCCAACAUUUCACCUGGUCACACAGCAACUGAGCACACACUUAAUACACUGAGAUAUGCAGACCGGGUAAAAGAGUUGAAAAGACAAGGAGGGCUGAGAGGAAGAAGAAGAAACAGAGGCAAGACAGCAGCCUCACCCAAACAAAACCUGUUCAGCAGCACCACUGGUAGCACUGUUAGCAGUAGAGGGAAAAGUCCUCCAAAGAAGCCAAAGUUAGCAAGACAAAGCGAUUCUUUCGGUCCCACAACUCCUACCACAAGGUCACCCGUGAGGAGUGCAUUUCUCUGCUCCACACCCAAGAACACCAAAUGUGGAGAGGAAGCAAAUGCGAGACGGAGGGGAGAGAUCAGACUUGAAGAUAUUUCUCCAGUUAGAGGUUGGCUGAGAAUAGGUGACAAAAGGCAUCGGAGUAAUGGAGCAGAUGAAUUAGAAGGGGGGAGAACAGGAAAUGACAGUUUUAAAAGUAUUGAGAGACAUCUUGUUAGUCAGCAAAGCCCCAGGGCAGUGCUGGUGUUGGGACAACCAAAAGACAAGCGUGCAUGGAAGGUGCAAAAAGAGGGAGAAGCUCAUGAGACUGAUUCAUUUUUUACUGAAAGUAAAUCUGACUCCUGUUUCAGAGAAGAAGAACAUGAGCAACAUGCUAUGAAAGGUAGAAUAGAAAAAGGUGGAGAGAAUGGAGAUGCAACUAGUAAAGGGGAAGGGAUAAUGCAAAGGGAGUUACCAAAGGCUAAUGAAAGGGAUAAGGAAAGAGAGAGGCAUCUGAGAUGGUAUCACAAGCAGCUACAGCAGUUUAUGCCCUCUUCUGCUUCUUUAUCCAGCCAACUCUCCUCACCCUCUAUAUAUCCAUCUCCCUCUUCCUCUACUCAGCAUUCUGUCUCUCACCUCUCCAUUUCUUCCCAUGCGAAUCAGGGUUUGGAACAGGUUUUAGAUGGAUACACAACCAGAUCUGAAGAUAGAGUUAAUGGUAACAGAGGACGGGUGUUUUCUCCCAGCGCUGAGAUUCCGUUACAAACUGAAACCUCUUCGAUCUCCAAUAACAUUAGUGAAGAGGAUGCUAAUGGAGACAGCGGUUGUGUUGGGGAAAACUCGAGGGCAUCUUUGGAAGGAACAUGGACAGGAAUUGGACAAGAAAGGGGUAGAAACGAGAAGAGGAGGUCACAUGAGGCAGCAAGUGAAGAAAGACAAAGAAGGAAAGAGAGGAGGCCAGCUGGAGUGGAGGGGGGAGAAGGGAGGUGGGUGUGGAUGUCAAAUGGGACAGCAGGUGUAAUUCCAAAAAACUUUGACACAAGUGAGACACAAUUGUGUCACAGCUCUGAUUCAAAAGACAGACUGGAAGUGGGUGUGGCAGGACUGAAUGCCUCAGAUGACCCAGCUGAUGGGGUGUGGAGUGCUGGGAAGGGGGGAGCAGCUCAAAAAGGGUGUUUAUUGUCUGCUCACAUGAACAAUGAGGGCAACAGCCUCAUUAGCAACCCCCCUGUUGAGUCACCCCAUCAGUGGGAUCCUGCAGAGCGGCCCCUCUCCCCAGACUGUGAACAUACUAGCACACUCCUGACCCCAGAUAUGCUCAGUGCUGCCUCUUUUGAAUCAAAGUGUAUGAGCGUCAUCCCAGAGGCAGUACGAUCAAACACACAGAGAGAGAAAGAACUAUGGUUUGCUGCUAAUCCCGGUAAAUUGCCAGCUACAUUACCUUCUACUACUUCCAUCACACAUACUGAGCCCCUUAACAAACCACCAGAAAAUCCAGCUCACACUCAGCUACAUAACUAUUCAGAAGUCAAAAAGUUGGUUUUACCUCAAAAUGAGACUCAGGUGGAUUCUUUUAGCUCCAUCAUGGAGCCCCUCAGCAUCUCCCAGCUUCAAGUGGAUCAACGGGCUGCUACAGUCUCUUUCCUGCGAGGGGACAACAACAACACCUCGCUCAGUCCUCUUAAUGAGAAUAGAGAAUACAACAAGUGGGAAGAGAUGGGGGAAGUUAUAGAGGACGAGAAUGCGGCAUUGCAACUGUCUUUCGUGGAACUGGCACAGGCAAAGACGCACUACUGUCCCUUAUCUGACACUACGACAGCUACGAAUCACACAGAGGGAAACGAAGACGUACAUCUCAGUAACCGUUACACAGGUAUUCCUGAAGAUAUUUUGGGCUCCUCACAGGAUCGAGAGAGCAAUCAGAAGCAAACACCACCGGCUACAUUCAACAAACCUCCUACAUCACCACUUAAAAAAUCUACAUGCACUUCUGUGCAAGUGUUUUUACCCAGUUUACAGGAUUUAAUGACACAUGAUACACAAGUUCCACCAGAAUAUGCACCUGAUGACCACGAAAAACCUCCAUUAUCUUCCAUUUUGACACCACAGUUAGAAAGUGUCUCAGGUUACACACCGGCAAGCCAGUGUCGCACAGUAUAUUCAAAGAAUUCCUCCAACUUAACCACUUCACUCCAACCAAACAAUCUUGGAGAGUUUAAUGAUGAAGAAAGCACCAGUAAUCACCACAUUAGACCCACAAUCCAGCUGUUUGCCCUGGACGACUUAGACCACGCAAAGUGGUGUAUAUUCAAGGCCCACUGGGAGCAGCUAAAAGAGAUGGAAGCUUUAUGUUGUAAAGAGGGGAAGCUUCUGUGCCAGCAGCCUGAUAUGGCAUUUGGAGAAUAUGUCCACCAGCUGGAGGAAAUCAUGGAAAAGAAGGCUCGGUGUGUACACAGCAUGAGAGCUCAGCUGCAGCCAUAUCUGAAGCCCAUUACCUCAAACCACCAACAGGGAGCAGACAAUCACAGAUCAACUAGUUGAAUUUGAGUUAAUAAUACUUGUUUUCAGCGACAACAGUAACUGCAGCUUGUUACAUAUAUGGUCAUCAUAUAUGCUUUGUUAUGUUUAAGUGAAUUGAGCUUGAUGAGUUCUUGGACAGCUGUCACUCGAUGUGUUUGAUGUCAAAAUGCAUGCUGCACUAAGGGUUUUACUGGUGAAACGUGCAAUCAUAUGUUUUUCUUUCAUGGUGACAGUAAUAUAUAUGGAAUUCUGAUUCUGCCACUAAAGAUUGUUUUUUUUUUUAAGUCAAAUUUUUGGGUUGGCUCAGAAGUAACUCAAAAUGUUCAGAUAAUAACCCCAAAACUUUGAAUUCAAUGUACACUGUAGGGUGUAUUGUGAAACUGAUAGAUUCUUUGGAUUUGAAUAUGCACAUAAUGACCACAGAGAAACUCCAUUAUCUUCCAUUAUAACACCACCGUUACAAAUUGUCUCGGGUUACAUCCUGAGUAUGUGCAGCUGACUACUAUAAAAAGUAAUUGGUUUUUAGAAAUGAUUUUUAUCCAUUUUUUCUUAAUUUACUUAUAAUUUCAUAUUCUUUUUUCCCUCAGCCUCUGUCCAUAAAAGCUACUGAUUUUGUAAUUUUUCAUUAAAGAAAAUCCUUGGUUUGAGUCUUAAUGCAUGUUUUAUUCACAGCACCACUAUCUGGACAAAGAGCUAAAUCUGUGUCUCUGGGACGACAACUCAUAGAACCAGACAUUUGUUUGAGCUUGAUCUCAGGUUGUAAUAGAAAUGCUUGCUUAGCAGACUGUUUUCUAGUGUUAAAUUUUUAAGAUUUCAAGAUUGCUGAUAUCUGUUAUGUUGUGUUCUCUGAAUUUUAAAUCUUCCUCUUUAAAUGUUAGUGUUUAACUUUGGGUAAUGUGUGUACAUUUUUCCACAGAGUGCAACUGAAAAUGAAUAAAACAAC